AUGGCGGAUGGAAAUAUUGAUUUCACGGACGAAAGAAUUUUCAGGUUGGUCCGGAAAAUAGCUGGCAAUGAACCUCUGCUCCGAUCCAAAAGCUUCAAACGACUGAAAUUAUUUCUCAAAAAUUUGCCAGCUUCGACUACAAAUCUGACCAUGGCUAAACUUUGGAAAGGCCUUCAUUACAGUAUGUGGAUGGCUGAUAAGAUGAUUUUUCAGGAACAGCUGGCGGACAGCAUCUCGACAAUCAUCCACACUCUCCCAUCGGACGAACUGUCGAUGAUGUUUUUUGACGCCUUUCUUCAAGUCGAGGCCCACGAAUGGCAUCUCAUUGAUGAUCUACGAAUGGAUAAAUUUUUAAGGCUGGUUAGGUUCAUGUUUAGGGAAACGUUCAGAUUCAUGAAUAGCAGCAAGAACAACUGGAGCCAGAUGGUUUCCAAAAAAUUUUGCUCGAGUUUGUCAAAAACAUUCAAUGAUCCAAAAAUAUCGUUGAAUCUGCUCUUCCAUAUUUUAGAUUUUUUUCUCGAUGAGUUGGAAAGAGUUGCAGGCAGUGAGUACCCAGAACAGUUCAUCAAGUCUGUUACUAGGGUCUUCAUAGACUGCAUAUCAAAAACAAACAAUGAGUACCUGGCAAAAGAAAUUAAAAAAUUGUACCUCAAUAAAAUCGCCACAUCCCAGUAUAAGAUGACUGAAGCAACUUUGAAAGAGAUGUCAUUCUCCAGGGCCUCUAAAAAAAAUUGCAAGAAUCGACCCAUCCUUUUCUCCCUUGUCAAAAAAAAAAAGGCUAAAAAAUCGAAACCCAAGAAACCUGCCAAUGAUAAUGAUGACAUGUCUACGGAGGAAAAUGACACAACUUUUUUUGCUAAAAAGUCACUCAAAUUCAGUUUGGUAGUUUCCGAGAUAUCUGCCCCCGAAAAUAACGAUGGAAAAUCCAAUGAAUGAAUGAAUGAAUGAAUGUAUGAACGAUUAAAAGAAUAAAUGAAUGUAUAAUUAGAUGAACGAAUGAAUGAACUAGAAGGAACAGAAUGAGUAUUAAAGAUAGUUCGUGAGAAUGACGAAAAAAUUGAAAAAGAAAUCAAGACAUGAUAUAUAGAACGAUAUUACAGUUAUUAUAUAAAUAUUUACAAAUAUAUAACACACACACGCACCACACACACACGCACACUCACAAUGAUAUACAGUUGUAUAAGAAAUUGUCAUGAAAUGGUUAACUAU